UCGCUGGUGUUUCUGAGGUGUUGUGCUCCUUGAGGUGGCUGUUUGAUUUUGCCGCCGCUCCUUGUUACCUUCACUGCAGCCAUCGCUAAUGCUGCCGCCACCGCCGAUGUUACUGUUGCCGUCACUGGUAUGCGAAGUGGUCUCCUCUUCAUUGUCGUUUCUUUUUCUUUUCCUUGAUUCCUAAGGUGUUUUUUUGUCUCCUUUUUAUUUAUUUUUUUCUUCAUUUGUUGUUCUUUGCGUUUCCUCGUCUCUUGUUCCUUCUCUUGCACUUCCACUUCGUCCUCUUUUUCUCUUAUUUCUUUUCUUUUUUGUCUUUCUUCUUAUUCAGCUUUUUUUUUUGUUCUUGUUCUCGUUCUUCCUUUUAUUCUUCCUUUCCUUCUUCUCUUCCUUCUUCUUCAUCCUUUCGUUGCUCCUUCCCUUUUCCCUCUUUCUCCCCCCUCUCCUCUUCCUCCUCCCAGAGUUAUUCUCGACGUCACUGUGGCAAUGUUCCCUGUCUUCUUCUAUUUUGUUGAUACUUAACUUAUUUGCUUUUGUUGUUUUCUUACAAGGUUGCUAGAUUAUUCAUAAGAAAAAUAAAGCACCGUGUUUACUGGAAUAUUAAGCGUCUUGGCUGUGCGAUUCUUUCAAGACAGAAAACGUAAUGUGCAACAUAAUUUGUUUGUUUUGGUCAGUGUACAUGCGUGAUCAGGUUGCUGAGACACACAUCACCAUUUAUCAGCAGCAGCAACAAACAGUACCCACAGAGGGAGGACGCGAGGGGGCUGCCGAGAGGGCGCCAGCCAGGUGUCAGCUCGGCAGUGUUGGUGGAGCCGGGCACGGGAGGGCUGGCCGAGUGAGUUGGGGCGGGGCACCACCGCCGCCAUAUCGGGCACGCCAGCUUUCACUUACUCAUCUUCUUCUUGUGUACAUACUGUCUACUUCUUCAUGUGGGCUCCCACGCCCCGCUGGUGCGUGUUCUGUCAGGAAAACUUACUCGGGAUGCUUUACGGCAGCAGCAGGAGCAGCACCCAUGCAGGGUACCACGCGGCCAAAUUCCUCCGGCGUGAGAAGAAAGUACCACUACUGUUCUACCGCAUCUCUGCAACCACGGGGCUCUGAGUGUCCCGCAUGGUGUGACCAGCAAGGAUCUGCUGGAUCGGUAGAGGAGCUCCUUGUUACAUUGCCCUUGUGAUAAAGUGUUUGGGCAAGUUCGCUGGAAAUAUCUACUAAAAAAAAUAAGUGGUCUGCAUGCUGUUUAGCCCUAGAGCACAGUGUCUGCAAGAAAGUGAAUGUCGGUGGCUGGGCACGAGUGCAGCAGUGGAUGGGGAGUAGCUAUUGAAGUGUAUCUGGAGUCCUCCCUUGGUCGUGUGGUGUGGUGGGCCGCUGGCGGCACCGGUGUAGUGUUAGUGGUCAGUGAGAGGCGUCUCUCGGGAUUACAUCAAGCGCCUCUCCGUCCCUUCCUGGACUCCCUGGAUUACUCGACGCACCAGCAGGACGAUCGUGAGUGGGCUGGCGGCCUCAGGCUUGGCAGUGGAUGUAUAUUGUGCCGAGGACGAAGGGUGGCCCCUUCUGUCCUUAAGUCGUCCCGAUGGCUUUCGUCAAUGUUCAAACCAACGUCAGAGUUAACAGAGCCACCAGCACCACCGAGACUUCGGGGUAAGUAAGAGAACUCAUCCUCCAGGCCACGCUGGAUUCCGAACGACAGGUGAGGUGGAGCAGGCGGCCUCCUCCCUGCACGAUGGAGGGCUGUCACUCACUGCCAGAUGUGUCGUCAGUAUUGACGUCUUUCUCGUGACAUCCCGCCCGUGAGGCAUUGAACAGAGGGCGUUAGCAGAACUUUCUUUAUACUAUCUAGGGAUUGUGAGUCAUGAGUCUUCCGCUUCGUGCUGAAAUAAGGUGUUAUUGAUCCCGACCGUAAUAAAAUCUACGGUCUUAUAAGGAGACAUUUUGCUAACGUUCGAUACAUGUGUUGAAUCCAUGAACACUCAUAGAAUUACUCCAUUUGUCAUCUUAUUUACUUGAAUGGAAGAAAGCGUCAGUUAAUAUCAAUGAAAACCAGUACAAUUCUGCAGACUAAUAACGCUACGUGUUCAUAUUUCCACAUUUGUUUCCGUUAGUUAAUAUGUUUAUUAUGGUAGUGUCAACGUCUUCUUGAUCAAUGCUGAUGAUGUUUAAAUAUAACUUUUCUUUUGGUAUUACCAGUAUACAUAUCACCAACCCCACCAUCGCUGCUAUGCAUUCCCUUAACCACUAUCACCAACACCACUGCAACUCCACUAAAACAACAUUGCUUCUCCCCCAACACCACAACCACCAUCGAUCACCAUGCAUUUACCACGUCACCACCCAUGAACACUACCACUACUCGCUUGUUGAACUUUCAGCACUCUCUCUUUCAUAACCAAUCUUAUCCACAGCAUUCACUGAAUGAGACACAAGAAUAUCACAUCUUAUCGAAACCAGUGAGAGCAAAAACUGUACAACUUAUACUUCAGCUUGUUAGCACCAGGCAAGGGAUGCAGAGUUUGUUGUACUUUUCUCUUGUCCCCAUGAAUAACUUCCUUAGGCCUUUGUAACAUUGAACUUUAUCCUUGACGCCUGCCGUCGCACACAUACAUAAAUGCAACGCUUUCCACGCAGCCAGAGGUACGAAGUGGGCAGCAUGUACCACGUCCAGCCGCGUAAACUCCAUCGGGAGAGUAGAGUGUUUGCAUCGACAUUGUGCUGGCCAGUAGUUGAGGCUCGACCUGUUCGUGUACACGGCUGCAGGACCUGAAGCUGGCGAGAAAACAUUACAGGUCCAUCUUGGUUACUGGGCAAAAUUGUUCGAUGGAAAAUUAUUUUAUUUAGUGAAUGUGAUGUGGUGAAAGUUGAUUAUUCCCAUGAGUUUCAAGAAUAACGUUGGAAUAGAAAAAAAAAAAAGACUGUAAAAAGCAAAGUUUCCAGUGACCUUUAUCUCCACUCGGCUCCCGCUCCCGAGGCAAGUUUUUUUUUUUUUUGCUCAUAGCAACUACAUGAAAUUAUUCCAUUCUUUGGUAUAAUAUUUUUUUCUUGAAAGUAAGCAGCAAAGUUUUUGUUGAAAAGUUCAACGGCGGAAAAAUUGAAUAAUGAUUUUCGAUGACGGCAAAAAUUAAACUAUGAGAAAGAGCUCUAGGCUCCACUGUUUGGCAUCUUUAUGUAACGAGAGAUGAGAGACGAAUGGAGACGUGAAACUAAAGCUUACGCCAAAAAAUAGAUACAUGAAUAAAGAAAAAAAAAUAAAUAAAUAAAAAGCUGAAAAGAAUCCAUACCAUUAAUUUUUCAUUGAAGUUUGGACAUUUUCACUGGAAAUGUUUCCCAAUGUUUCCCAAAUCUAUCCCAGUGUUUAUGAUCCAUUUAGAUGUCGACAUUUUUCAUUUUGAUCUACCUUCUCGUACAUCAAAGUGGCGUUAAUGUAAAGUUUCUAGGCGCGUAAACCCAAAACUCUCGCCGUUACCGUAGAAUCUCCAUUCUUAGCUGCAGCUUUCAUCCCACUGCCUGUCAAGCUUCCUCUUUGUAAGUCAUUGUUCCCGCUGCUUUCAUUCUCUUUGUUCUCAUUCCUGUCUUUCACACCUUCACUGUUUUUACUCACAUUUUGUAUAAUUCCUGUUUAUGCUUCUCGUAUGUUUUAUUUUCUUUGUUUCCUGUGCAUCCCUUUGUGUGCGUAUUACUCCUUUAUCUUUAUUGCAUAUUUGUACAUACUCUUCUUCUCUUUUGAUGUAAUGCUGCAGUGGAAUUCCGUGAAUAGUUCGACAGUACAUAUAUGUCUUUAUGAUGAAAAUACGCGCGUCAGAGAGAGAGAGAGAGAGAGAGAGAGAGAGAGAGAGAGAGAGAGAGAGAGAGAGAGAGAG